CUCUGGAGACACAAAUAGACCGAGAUACUCUCAGAAAAAACGCGAAUCUUUUCUCUCUUUUUUCUUCAGUGGCUGCCUAUCUCCUCCUUCCUUCUCCAUACAUUCCAUCCUCUCUCUCUCUCUCUCUCAACUGCUAUGGCUUUCAGAGGAGGAAAUGCUUCCUCUGGCAUGGGUGUUGCUGCGGAUUGUCGGAACACAUUCUUGGAACUGCAGAGAAAGAAAGCCUUCCGCUAUGUGGUUUUCAAGAUUGAUGAGACAAAGAAAGAGGUGGUGGUAGAAAAGACAGGAGGCCCAGCUGAAAGUUAUGAUGAUUUCACUGAUGCAUUGCCUGAAAAUGAUUGCCGAUAUGCAGUUUACGACUUUGAUUUUGUGACUUCAGAGAAUUGCCAGAAGAGCAAGAUCUUUUUCAUUGCAUGGUCUCCUUCUGUGUCACGGAUCCGUGCCAAGAUGCUCUAUGCGACGACGAAGGACAGGUUUAGGAGGGAGCUGGACGGCAUCCAUUAUGAGAUUCAGGCAACUGACCCCACAGAGAUGGAGCUUGAAGUCCUUCAGGAGCGUGCGCACUGAGCACUUGCUUAAAAAGGGUUUGGCAUUUCAAAAGAAGUAGUGAGGGGUUUGGCAUUUCAAAAGAAGUAGUGAGGUUUCUUUCAGAAUCUAUGCAUUAUAUUUGCCUGACAAAAAAUAGGUGUAGUUUAAUAUAUUAUUAUAUUUAAUUAUUAGCACCUUGGAAGGCUGAUUAGGGGGUCCUGGCUUUUGUUUUCUUAUGCACGGGAAUUUGUGCUUCCUUAUUACCAUGAUGCUUCUCAGGUGAAAUUGGAUAUAGUUUUGGCAAAUGCUAAUUUGAUUCCUAUUAAGUUCUAUGAAUGAUCUCUCCUUACAUUA